AUGGUGCAGUCGACGCUGCGCGGUGACGAACUCGAGCUCGCGGAGCGCAUCUCGUACACCAAAUCCAUGGACCCGAUCGAGAAGCUCUCGCCCGACUACCUCGCCGCCAAGACGCCGGGAGACCUCGAAGCUGACGAGGACGGCGCGCUUCGUGAAGGCGGCGCGCUCGUCUACACGUCACCCGAGAUUCUCGCUUUCCUCUUUCAGUACGCGAUCCUCGGCGUCGUCAUUGGCGGCACCAACUCGAUUGGGUAUCCGUUCUUGACGGCGUACUACCAGCUCCCCCCCAACAUCCUCAACUCGGCGGGCACGCUCAUGACCCUCGGGUGGUCGUUAAAGGUCUUCUUUGGCAUGCUCACGGACUGCGUCCCGAUCUUUGGCUACCGCCGCAAGCCGUACAUCCUCGGCGGCUGGACCGUCACGGCCAUUCUGCUCGUCUACGUGGCGCUGCGUCCCGCCGGCGCCGGCGCCCCCGACCCAGCGGCAACCCACAACGGGUCGUCGCUUGCGCUUGUCUGCACGGUGGUGUGCUUUGCCAUGAUCAUCGCCGACGUCGCCCAGGACGCACUCACGGUCUCGUACUCGCAGCUCGAGCCCGAGGCCGUCCGCGGUCGUCUUGUGUCGCUCGUGUACGCUGUCCGAGGGUUUGCAGCUGCGCUCGUCACCAACGUUUCCGGGUUUUGCCUCAACUCGUCGCGGUUUGGCGGCCACUACGACUGGGACAUUGGUCUCAACACCUUCUUUUGGAUUCUGGCCGUCCCCGUCGUUCUCAACCUGCCGAUCGUAUACUUUUUCCUCCAAGACGACAAAUCGACGCGCGUCAAUUUUCGCAAGUACAUUCUGGAGCUCUGGGACCUCCUCCAACUGCGCGUUGUGUGGCAAGUGCUCCUCUUCAACUUCCUUUUCAACACGUUCACGGGCAUUGGGUCCACCGCCGGCGGCUACGUCAAGCUCUACUGGGCCAAAGUCGAGAACCUCAACAGUACCGUCAUGUACACGGUCGGGAAGCUCUUGUACAUUGGCAUGCUUGUGACGGUCGGCAAGAUCGGGACGCACUGGAACUGGCGCGCGGUCAUCGUCUGGACGACGCUUCUCACCAACGUCAUCGACGCCGCCGUCAUGUUCUCUACGAUCUUUGACGUCGUCCGCAACCAGUGGUUCUUCCUCGGCGUCCCGAUCGCUGAAAUGAUCCCGAAUGCAAUGAACUCGAUGGUGAGUAUGUUUGUCAUCGCCGAGCUCGCGGGCACGGGCAACGAAGGCGUCAUGUUUGGUCUUGUGACGACCGUCAUGAACCUCCCAGGCCUCUUUACGAGCAUCAUCACCAACGUCAUCAACGUCCCCUUCCGUAUCUCGACCACGCGCAUCAAGGCCGACACGCCCGACAUUCGCGCCGACGUCGCAUGGACGUACGUGAUUGGGUACAGCUUGACGUUGCUCGGCUGCUUCUUCGUCUACUUGCUGCCGCAUCAAAAGGCCGCGGUCGCCGAGCUCAAGCGCACCGGCGGUCGCUACCCGCGCGUCGCCGCCUUUCUCUUCUUUGCGUUUAUGACGAUCUUAUCGGUUUCCAUCACGGGCACACUCAUGUCCAUGUACGACGCGACGAGCUGCACGAUUCUCGCGGGCGGCCAAGGCUGUGACGAACCGGCGCCGUUGUGGUAUCUCCUCGGUAUUCUCUUGCCGGCCGCGCUCUCGCUGAUUGGGAUCGGCGUCGCAACGGUCGUCAGCCGUCGUACGUCGGCGGCGGAGUAG